UGAGAAGGCUUCGCGGUUCACACGAGGCGGCUGCGAUGAUGAGCAGGCAACCGGAGCAGCAUCAGGAGCAGCAGCAUCCCUUCACGUACAUCUUCGUUGGUCGUCGCACGUUCUGGCUGCUCAGCCUCACAGACAUACUGCGGCUGAGAGCCACCUGCACAUGGCUCAGGAGUCUCUUCAAAGCGGCCCAGCUGAGAGAUCGGCUCCGUCACUCUGUCGGCUCACAGGCGGGGCUGCGGCGGGUGGUCAACGGACAGCAGGUGCAGCUGGUGCGGUUCGACGAUGACCAGUUCGGCAUGUGUGAUCUGCUGGCGGCUGUGUGUGUGAUGGAGGAGGGAGAAUGGGUGGAGAUCGGCGAGGUGAUUGAGUGGGCCAGCCAGUGCGGCCACUGCACACUGCCUGUCAACCUGACGGCAGAUGACAUCAACGCACACGCCAAUAUGACGGUAAGGACACACACACAGGGGGGCGGGAGAGAACAGAGAGGCCUCAUUCAUUCCUCUCUGUCUGUGUGUGUGUGGUGUAGGCGUAUGGAUCGUUUCCCCGUGUGUUGGCGCAGCUCAUGGUGGUCGGCCGCCAUGUGGCCUUAGGUGACGGCAGCUGCCUGCAGCUGUUCCAGUAUGGCAAUGGUGAGGUGCGGGCCAUCAAGGACCAGGACGAGUUCCGGCUGACCGUCGACCCGCCCCUCGCCGCCCACCAUCUGUAUCAGCGGCAUCGACUGGAGCAUGACCCACCAGUGGCCAGCGACAUGCACUUCCCGUCCACCGAUGCGUCGGUGUCGUCGUUGGCCAAGCGCACGAUCCUCAGCCACUUACACUUACCUCAGACUCACCAGAUCAAUCGCACAUCGAUACGGCUCAACAGGUGACACAUCAGUGGCAGCAGUGGGUGAGAGGGGUGCGUGUUUGAUUUUGUGUGUGUGUGUGUGUAUAUGCGGUUGGUUCAGGCGUGUUGGUGGCGGCCGUCUGGACGGCCUCCUCACCCAGUCGCCCCACAUACCGGUCGCCAGAUGUACCACCACACUCGGCUCGGACGGUGGUGUGCGGUCUCUGGUGCUGACCGACAGCAGCCACAACCUCGUCGCGUGGAUUACUAUUGAGGAUCAGGGAAACGACAACGGUAAGGACGACAGACAGACAGAUCCGCUGGUCAAAUCUCAUGUGAUAUCUGUCUGGGCUGCCUGUGCAGUGGUGGUGUAUGUCGUGACGACCGAAGUUCCUGUGUGUGCGAGCGGUGCCUUCAAGGACCGCUUCCCGGUCACCACUCAGCUGGCCCGUGUGGCGCUGGGUCAAGUGGCGCCAUACGUCUUCGACGGCCAAGUAGACGGUGACAAUGACGAUGAUGAUGACGGUGCGGACAGGGGAGGGGGAGGGAGACACACACACAUGAUGGCCAUGGUGUGGAUGGAUGGCAUUUCUUCUCUGUCUGUGUGUGUGUGGUGUAGAUUCCGACAGUCAUGGCGGCGGCUGGGAUGAUAUGGACGUCGACAGCGACGGAGAGGGCAGCGGAGGUACACACGAAGGGGAGGGACACCCUCACGUCCAUCCGCAUCACAUAGCGUGUGUGUCUAUCUGAAGCCGAAGAGGAGAGCGGCGAGUGAUCAACCCAACUCAAUAACGGACCGCCACAGGUACUCACACACACCACAGUGUGUUCGAAUCUUCUGUCUGUAUGGGUGUCCUCUUUGUGUGUGUUGGCAGGGUGUUUGCAGUGCUGUCUGUGGCUGCUUGCCGCCCAGAUCGACUCAUGGCUGUCUGUGAUAGAGAGAGAUCGUAUGCCGCCCACUCUGUAGAGAGACCAGCUGCUGACACAUGACUGACCCAAUGGCUGUGGGUGGGCGACCU